AUGAGUUCAAGAACAUCGUCAAGUCCUGCAUCGCUUCACUCCCAUCCGACAUCGACUUCAGUCUCUGUUGCUUGCUGCUUCCCGCCAGCCACUUCUGUUUCGUCGUCGUCGAAUAUCAUCACCACAUCAUCGUCGAAUACGAACAAUCCUCAUUCAAAUCAACAGCAGCAAAAAGCCGCAUCACCGGUCACACAACAACAGCAGCAGCAGCAGCAGUUUACGAUUCGAACGGCGGCACCAUUUCAACAGCAAUCUGCGAACACAUCUUAUCCAACUAUGAGCGCAAAUGACAGUAGUAGUAGUAGUAGUCCAGCAGAGGCAUUUUCGCGACUUUGUUUAGGCGGUGAGAUCAUUCAAGUGCCGACCGCAAUUGUUCAACAAGAGUGGCUGUUUCGUGCGGUUGUUACGAAGGACGCGUAUCGUUCGUUGAGUGUUGAGGCACAAACCUAUUUGAAGCGUUUUCUACCCAAAUACGAUGGUGCUACAGAGAAGGAAGAUGAGGAGAAAAUUUUGGAUUCGGUCUUCACGAAUGAUCCGAAUUUUUAUUUCGGCAAUCCGUUGGGAAAAAUUUAUUCGAAAUUGCGUUGUGGCUGGUUCAAUCCAGAGCGUCCAGGAGAUCAAGUGCAAUUGAGGGAUAAUCGACGUGUAUUAUACGAUCAUUACAUACGCUACUAUCACAUAUCGUUACUGAAGAAGUUGUUGAUAUCACGUCGUAAACUUUUGGAGCAAUUCGCAACGUUAGGUGGCAAUGAAGAGCCAACAUGCAGUGCACCAGAUAGCGCGCUGAUUCGUAAGAGAAACACGACGACACGACUGAAGGCACGAGCCGAAUACAGAACGAGACUAAUGCUGGACGAUGUGAAACGACGUGUCGACGACACAACACAAUCGUCCGAUGAGGAGUGUAAGUGCAGCAAUUAA